AUGGAGCCAGCUCCUGAGGAGGCCGGACAGGCAGCUGAGCGGCAGCUGCAGCCGCAGCUCUCCUCCCCAUCCCGAACGCGAUCCCGAUCAUCCUCCCGAUCCAAAUCCCCACUUCCAGAUCCCCAACCCUUCCCCGCACUCGGACCAGACACCAUUUCGAUCUCCUCAAUCCAGAGUGAUACAACACCAAACACCCACAAUGACCCUCCUUAUCCGGAUCCGGACCCAAACCCAGAGAGCGCCGCAUCCUCUACUCGUUCCCGCCCCGUGUCGGGCGUAGUACCGCCAUACUGGUGCCGACAUGAGCGCAAUGCCUCUCACGUCUCGCAGUCAUCUCUAAGCCGCGGUGUCCCGAUUACUCUCGAGGACCAUGCCGCAGACCCGAACUCGGAGACGAGUCGGGGGCUUUGGGCACGCAGCGUUUCUAUUGAUGAUCAUGUCGUUGUGCAGGGCAUGACUGGCGUGGGGUCAUACUCCGAGUUCGAUGAUUUGCGCCAGCGGCUAGUUGCUUCAUUCCCGCACGCUCGAAACGCAUUACCCGCGCUACCCCCGAAGAGCGUUCUCUUCAAAUUCCGCCCCAAAUUCUUGGAAUCACGGCGUGUUGGCCUCGAAUAUUUCCUCAACUGUGUCCUUCUCAACCCGGAGUUCUCAGGGUCCCCAAUUGUCAAAGACUUCCUCUUUGGCCGUAUAUGUUAA